AUGGACUUGUGGGUGGUUGAGGGAGAGGAUGCUCAAGGGCAGAAAUUGUGGACUGGCCAUGAGGGAGACUGUGUGGGGCCAAGUGUUGGGUGGCAGGUUGGGCCUGCAGUUGAGAAUAUAGGCUAUGGAAAUUAUAUCAAGGCUGGGCGAGGAUUAGGCAUUCAUGAUGAGGAUAUUACUUUGGGACAAUAUGAGAGGCCAGUGGGGAGGUUAGGGGCUGGAGAUGAGGGAGGGUUUGAUAUUGAAAUUGAAGGCAAGGGGUUUUGGCAGGAUGCCAAAGCUGAGAGGGAGUUGGAGGCUGGAGGUAAGGGGAAGGGUGUCAGGACUGAGUUGAUACUUGGUUUUGGAGAUGAGGAGGAACUUAAUGCGAGAUAUGAUGGUCAAGACGGACUUGGAGCUGGGGAUGAAGUUUUGGAUUUGGGGAAGAGGCCUGAGGGGGAGUUAGAGACUGGAGAUGAGGUGAGUGUUGAUGAGGCUUUGAGGCAGCAAGAUGCCAGUGUCAGUCAGGUUAAUGCUGGGGUUCAGGAAAUGGAUUUGGAAAGUAUAUGCAGUCAGAGCUCUACCAGAUACCACAGGGAGGGAAUUAAACAGCAGAGUGGCGAGAAUCAAAUAUUCUGCUGGGGACUUUCUGGAGAGGAGCAGGGGAAAGUUACAGGGGACGAGUCAUUUCCCCAGGAAUCUUCUGGAACCUGUGUAUACCAAUUGAGGCAGCACACACAGGAAGAGUUUGAGGCCUGGCUUCAGGCAGAGCAUGCUAAACUCAGCAGAAUUCUGAGACAGAGGAGAAAGUUAACAGCCAAUGAACUGAAGCUCAGACAGAGGGAACUUGAGGAGCUGAGGUCCCAUGUGGGCUUGGGUCAGAGCUUCCUGCAGGGGCUGCUGACAUCCCAGGGUGGGGCGGGGGUAGAUGACCCAUGCUUGGAGGAACUCAGGUACCGCUGGGUGCUGCACAAGUCUAAACUACAGGAUGCAGGGGACUUGAGGCAUCACCUGGGCGACAAGGAUGGUAAUGCUCUGCAAAAAGAACCAUUCAGAAAAGUAAAGGUUCCAGCUGUUGCAGGACUACUAGGACGAGUGCAAUGCGUAACUGGAUUCAUCCACAGAAGUGUCAUAGGCCUCCUUGCUUUGAAGAAAAAACAAAAGUUACUGGACCUUCUGGAUCACGGAGGGACAACAGACGUAUCAACAAGAUGGAAUAGCUCUUACGACAUGGUCGACUGUUUUCUGGAGCAACAAUCAGCGGUUACAGCUGCACUGCUUUGCCCAGAGCUUUUGCAAGCCACCCAGGAGAGCCUUGGUGAUGCUCUGUUUGUAAGACACAUCAACGAGGCCAUUCACCAAGACCUAAAAAAAGUUGUGAGUUUGGAACAAGAGGAGCUCAGGAAAUAUGAGUGUGCUGAACAGGAAAAGGUGCCACAGGGUCCCCCACCUGCGGAGAGAACCUGUGCCCUGGCUGAUUUAUUUGGUAACAUAUUUGGAGAUGUCAGGAAGGCACCAGAAAAGUCCCCCAUUGACGAAGCAGAGGAUGAGUAAAAAAUAAAAUUAAAAUAAAAAUACAAGGAGGCUGCUCCUUUGCCAUUGUCCAAAAACACUGUGGACUGGUGGAAAGGACACUCUGAGUACCCCUGCCUUGCAAGAUUGGCCAAGCGGUACUUUUGUGUGCCAGGGACAAGUGUUGCUUCUGAAUGUGUGUUAUUACCCAAGUUUUUAGGUAUAAAAACUUUACCAUACCUAAAUACUAGCUUGAUGUAGCUUAUGCCAUGACAGCAGCUUUUUUGUUUACUACUAAUUUGAAGUAAAAUUUUAUACUGUUCUAUUUGAAGGUAUUUUGUUGCCCUUGGUUUUUCAGGGGAAAACAAUUAUGUUAUGCUACAUUUAAUUACUCAUGUUGAAUUUGGUUGUGCAGCUGUUGAAUAAAGCUGUCAAUGUAUAAAGAGUGUGACUCAACUUUUUUUUACAUGGCUCAAGGUAUUAAAAUUGUAAAAGAAAAAUCUGAAAAAAUUUAUAUUGAAUCUGGAUAUUUAUAGAAUCGCAAUACUUACAGAAUCACAAUAUAAAUUGAAUUGGCACCUAGGUAUCAUGAUAUCUUAUCGGUAUUUGCAGUCCCCAGU